AUGGCACUCGACGCUGCUGACGCUCGCUUCAUGGACGACCUGUUCGCUGAUCUAGAUGCAUCGCACUUCUCCAUACCUCCUUCGCAGAGCCCGCCGAAGAAAAGGGCAACUGCCAUCACACCCUCGCAAGAGAACAAGGCUUUCCCCUAUCACAAAGCUGGCCCCCCACGUCCAAGCUCUCCACAUGCUAGAUCCCCGCUCAAGGACUCGACGCUGUUUCAGUCUCAGCUGAAAGUUGAGCAUGACAUCGAAGACUGGUUCCGACAACCGCCAAUAGCAUCAUCAGGCCCAGCUCGCCGCGUCGUCUCCGCCUCGGGAGUCAAGCGUCAGAAGGUCGAUCAUGAGAUCAGCGGCAAUAAUGCGCCUUCCGCGUCAAUGAAGCGAUCAGCAUCGGCUGCAGUCCCCGCUAGGCCUCGCACACACAAGCAAGCACGUCAACGGAUCGACUUUACACGCUGUCGAGUCAUUGCCGUAUUAGACAGCUCGUAUGAACUUUCUGCAGAUGGACCGGGCACUUCGACAAGAACACGGCCAGAGAAACUUCUGCUGCUCGAGACCGACAAGCACAGCAAGAAAGCGAAGCAAGGCAGUCCAUCGAAGGGUGACAGAAGCCAGGUUUCCACAGAUGGAGAAGUCGAGACGCUGCUCGCGUCCCUUCGCGACGAUUGGCUGCAGACUUUGAUCUCUGUCGGCAGCAUCGUCCAUCUGGUCGGUCGCUUCGAGGAUGCAGAUACCAAGAUCCCUGUUGUAUUGAUGACGCAACCCACGGCCAGCAGCGAGUCAACGCGAGACGACAGAGCCACAUCGAAGCUCAAAGUGGCGAUAGAGGAGCUUGCAGUCAAUCAAGCCCAGCCCCGCAACACGGACAACGAUGACAAAGAAGACGACGACCUGUGGGACGACCUGGCUUCGAUGCCGUCGCUGUCACAGUGCGCUACGCAAGAACUGCUCGCUUCCGAUGAUGCGCCUCGGGCCAGGACCAUGGUCUUUGCAUCGCGCUCAGCUACCUUGAAGAGCUCGGAAGGCACCGAUCGUGCGCUCGACAAUCUCCUGGUCGUCCACCCUGAUGUCCUUGUGCCCGCCACCAAGGUCGCAGACGUCGCCUCGUGCAUCCGGAAGCCUGUCGUGCAAGAUCGGCUGCGUGGCGCAUCAGAUGUCACCAUCAGCCUCGUCAUGGGCAACAUGCUUCACGAACUCUUGCAGGCUUGUCUCACUGCGUCGGCAUCAGAUCACAAAUCGAAAGGGUCCUUGCCAGAGAUCGUCAAAUCCGAGGACGCCAAGGACGCAGUCACGACAUCAUCCCCCUGGCCAGAGGGAUGGCAAGGCAUCGGCGACUUCAGCAAAGCCUUCGUCGAGACACAGAUCGAGGAGCAGGUGCGGUCCAACAUUGAGAGCCUGUACGCCAUCGACCUGAGCGCCGAGGACGCUGCGGUCCAGUUGCGAGAGAAGGCUGCUCCCUUUGCCCGCUUUGCUCGUACGUUCCUGCUCCGAGAGAACGACGAAGGGUUUCACCCAGAAGCAACGUUGCGGGAAUCGGGCCGCUCAGCUGCUUCGCCCCAAAGCAAAGUCAGACUCAGGCGCAUCCUCGAUGUCGAAGAAGAAAUCUGGAGUCCGAUCUAUGGCCUCAAGGGCAAAGUCGAUGUCUCGGUCGAAUGUGACAUUCUCGAGGAGUCCGACGUCCCUACAUAUAAAACCGCAACAGGUCAACAAGGGCAAGCGUUCUCGCGAGGGCACGCGAACAACACUACUACCGAAGAAAGCAAGCGCCGAGUCACGACUUCAGUCGUGCCCCUAGAGCUCAAGACAGGCCGCGCAGAGGUUGUUUCGACCGAGCACCGCGCUCAAACAAUGAUGUACACGCUCAUGAUGUCGGAUCGGUACGGAGUUCGCGUCGACGACGGGCUGCUCUACUACUCCAAGUCGGGCGAGCUGCAUCGUAUCAGCCGAAGCCGCAACGAGGUGCGCAGUCUCGUCAUCGGCCGCAACGAGCUUGCUCACUACCUGCGCCACGAUAUGACUCGACUGCGCAAGCCUGAUGCCGGUGCAUCGAACGAGCCUGUUCAGGUGCUGCCACCGACGAUCGACAGCGAACACAAGUGUCGCCGCUGCUACGCUGUGGAUGGGUGCAUGCUGUUUCGUCGCGCGAUCGAAGAUGUUGUCGAGCCGUCAGAAGUCGCCAGAAGCGCGCCAAAGUCCGGCCGGAUGCUGUCCAGGAGGACGCCGAUCGCCGAUGUCUUCGAGCAAAAGACAGAGCACCUCACGAAUAUCCACCUCGAAUUCUUCCGCAAAUGGGACCGCCUGCUCAAUCUCGAAGAGGAAGACGCCGUGCGCUUCCGUAAAGAGAUGUGGACGAUGACUGCCGAGCAGCGCGAAAAGGUGGGUCGCUGCUUUGGAAACAUGCGACUUGACGUGGAUCCCAGGAGCCUCUCGCCGGGAAGCUCGAGCUCGAUGCGCAGGGUUCUCCAUCGCUUUGUCCGGCAUGUAGAUCCGACCCAGAACGCCGAAGCUGGUCUGCUGUCGGGGCACAUCCAGGUCAAUGAUCCCGUCACCAUCUCGAUCGAACCUGACAUGCUCUCGGUAGCUCAAGGCUUCGUGUCCAGUCUCACACCGACGAGCGUCGAGAUCGGUCUGGACCACUCCCUGGAUGCAGUGAUGAGAAGAGCAUCGGAGAAGGAGCAAGCCAUGACGCAGGAGGCGCCAUUCGACAUGGCGUCCGCGACUGAGCGCAUCGUGUUUCGCAUCGACAAAGACGAGCUGGGCAGCGGCAUGGGCCGAGUCCGGGCGAACCUGGCCGCCCUGUUCUUGACACCGCAGCGAGGUGGUGAUGUCAAGCGACGCGAGCUGGUUGUUGAGAUGCGAGCUCCGCGUUUUCUCUCGAAAGAGCAGCUGCCGGAGGCUUUCACUACCAGCUCGACACACGAUUCUUUGCAGCAGAUCCUCGUUCAGGUACACGCGGAUGACAGCGUCAACCAAGACCAGAAGCUCGCGAUCGACAACGUGCUCUCUGCGCAAGACUACGCCCUCGUCCUUGGCAUGCCAGGGACGGGAAAGACGACGACCAUCGCCAAGCUCAUCGAGCUGCUCGUGAGGCUGGGCAAGCGGAUCCUAUUGACCAGCUAUACACAUUCGGCGGUGGACACAAUCCUGCGCAAGCUCGGGGAAGAUCAAAAGGAAGAAGCGGACGAAAGCAUGCGCAUCCUGCGCCUAGGAACCAAAGACAAGGUGCAUCCUGACGCCCAUCGAUUCCUUCUUCCUCGCUGUGCGUCCAUCGAGGAACUCAAAGACGCUUUCGAGUCGCCCAACGUGGUAGCAGCGACAUGUCUGAGCGUGCAUCACACCUUCUUCUCGUCUGGCAUCGCCAAGAAGAUGCGCAACCGCACGGAUGCGGAUGAUGACGGUUCGCCAAAGUACUUGUUCGAUUACUGCAUCGUAGACGAAGCGUCGCAGAUCCCUCUGCCGACCUGCCUGGGCCCAUUGCGGUUCGCGGACAAGUUUGUGCUGGUGGGCGACCACCACCAGCUCCCGCCACUCGUCAAGAAUGCGGAGGCCAAAGCGGGAGGACUGGAUGUGUCGCUGUUCAAGCUGCUCUCGGACCGACAUGGCGACAAGGCGAUGGUGGCGCUGAGGUCGCAGUACAGGAUGAACGAUGACAUUAUGCGCCUGUCGAACGAAUUGGUGUACAGCGGGCAGCUGCGGGCUGGCAGCGAGAGCGUUCGGGACCGGACGCUGCUGUUACCAGACAUGCAAGCUGCUCUGGCCAUCGCAAGAGAGGACAGAUGGAUGCAGGAUCUGCUGCAGCCCAACAGCAAGGUGCGACUGCUUGAUACGUCCAAGCGACCGCUUGACGAGGUGGGAGAGAGCAAGCACGGCGACCUGGUCAAGAAUCAGUUCGAGGCUGAGCUCGUCGUUCGUAUUGCCUCCGCGCUGGUGGCUGGCGGAUGCAAGCCAAGUCAGAUUGCGGUCGUGACACCGUACAGACAGCAGAUCAAGCUUCUACGAUCGCUUCUCCUUCAGUACUCCUUGUCUCGAAAGCACGCCACGCAAGCGGAUCAGCUGGAGGACAUGGAGUUGCUGACUGCGGACCAAAGUCAGGGCAGAGACAAAGACGUGAUCCUGGUCACCUUCACUCGGGCCAACUUUUCCUCAAAGAAGGAGGCGGACACCAUGGAAGCGAAGGGAAGCGCAGGCGGAAACACAGGAGAGCUGCUCAACGAUCUUCGCAGGCUCAACGUGACGCUGACGCGAGCCAAGAGGAAGUUGAUCAUGGUCGGGCACAGCGCCACAUUGGAAGGGUCUGCGAUACUCAGACCCUUGCUCAAGCUCGUAAGGGAAGCUGGAUGGGUUCGAGAGCUGUAG